UUUAACUUUCUCGGCUUACAUAUCAGUAAUUUGAAGACCACAAAGUGCAUCAGUGAACAAUAUUAAUUUUUUUAAUAGAAAUAUCAAAACUUAGAUAUUUUUCGAAAAACUUCUUAUUGUAAUAUAAUUUAAAUUUUGGUUUUACAAUAAAUUCUGAAAUUCUUGAAACGUUAAAUUCCCCACAGACAUAACCAAAAUAAAAAGAAAAUCUGUGGCAUGGAUAACCACAGACUGCCAGGGAGCUAAUCGUGUAAUAAAGUAAUUCUUUUUCCUCGGGCAACUAUAAACAUCAUAUAGGAAAGGUGUUGUAAAUAUAAUUGCGCUGGCGCGGGUCAAUAAUCAGGAAGCAUGUUGCUUGGCGACGAGAGCCAAUUUUCUUCAAAAGGGCUAAAUCUCCUUCCCCAAGGAUCCAAGUCUUCAGAACUUCUUCGGCGUUCACCAAAGAAGGACUCCCAAGAAUAUGUGGAACUGGAAGAAAAGUGUGGAUGCAGACGUAUCAAAAGAAAAUAAAUGUAACGAAUCUGACAAUACUAAAAAUUACAGACUGAAUUUUUGGAAUCCAGUGAAUUCUUCAAGCAGAAAUUUUGAAAAGACUUUUGAAAAUAUUUGCGGUUUUCAAUUGGCGGAUCUCACGUGUUUUGAAAAGUUUGUGAAGCUACUUUAUAGACCAACUGAUCCGUCGAGUUUAGGAGUCGCUCGAGCCCUUUUUGGACUCUGCAUGGUGAUCGAUAUUGUUAAUGAAAGAGGCUUAUCAGAAAUUGAUAAAAAAUGGGGAGAUCCCCGAAUCUGUCGAUUUCCUCUAAUUCAUGGAAUGGUUCCUCCAACUCUUCCUUGGAUGAUUAUUAUUUACACAAUAAUGUGGUUUGGUGCUUUCGGAAUCAUGUUAGGAUAUUAUUUUCGAUUUUCCUGUUUCUGUUUUGUCUUACCCUAUUGGUAUAUUUUUUUAUUGGACAAAACUUUCUGGAAUAACCAUAGCUAUCUUUAUGGAAUCGUUGCUGCCCUUUUUUGGGGAACAGGUGCAGACCAAUACUUUUCCAUUAAUAAGAAAAAAGAGAAAACAGUACCAUUUUGGAAUUAUUUUAUUUUGAGAUUCCAAUUCUUUCUUCUUUACUUUCUUGCCGGAUUAAAAAAAACUGACACUGAUUGGUUGAACGGGUAUUCUGUUGUCACUCUGGCUGGACAUUGGGUUUUUCUUCCCUUUACAAUAAUAUUGACUCCUGAACAAACUAAUUAUCUUAUAGUACAUUUGUUUGGAUUCAUCUUCGAUUUAACUAUCGGAUUUUUGAUGAUAUUUGACAGAACUCGAUUCCCAGCAAUGAUUUUUUGUACAGCUUUUCAUUUGAUGAACUCAAGACUAUUUCCUAUUGGAAUGUUUCCUUAUACAUGCCUUGCAACAAUGCCUCUAUUCUGUCACGUUGACUGGCCAAGGAGAUUUGAAAAAUGGAUGAAGCCUAGAUUUACUUUUUAUUUCGAUUGGUACUCAAAAAUAUGGAUAUGGAAAUUAAUGGCUUUAACAAAGAAAAGCAGAAAAAAUAAUAAAACGCAAUUUAAAAGUCUGAAAAAUAAUGAAGAGACUCAAAGAGAAAGUGAUGAUGCGUUUACCCUAAAUAAGGAUGAAAAAGAAAUAAUGAAAGAGAAAGAUGAAAGUGUAGAAAAGGAGAAAAAAUCUAUUUCUCUUUCAAAAAAUGUUCCUUCAGAGGAUAAAAAAGUGACAAAGAAACAAAAGUUCGUUGUUUCAUUAUUGCUUCUUCACAUAGGAUUGCAAUUCUUUAUGCCUUAUUCCCAUUUUAUUACCAAGGGUUACAAUAACUGGGUGCCUGGUUUGUAUGGUUACUCUUGGAAUAUGAUGGUCAAUUAUUGGGACACAAUAGCAGUUGUGGUUCAAGUUCGAGACAACACAAACAAAGAAGAUUUUUUUAUUCAUCCCCAUGCUUAUGUGGGCAACAACAAAUGGUGGAAACAUGGUGACAUGGUUAUGCAAUAUGCCAAUUGUUUAAAGGACAAUCUUAUGCAGCAAAAACGAAUGGUUUUGUCUUCUAAAAAGAAAAUUAGAAACAGGGAAAGUUGGGAAAGGCUUUCACAUAAUAUUAGCAUUUUUGUGGAUGUCUGGUGUUCUCUAAAUGGAAGAUUUCAACAGAGGAUGUUUAAACCAAAUGUUGAUAUUUUGACUGCAGAAUGGCAUCCAUUUAAACCACUUUCAUUUUUAGUCCCUUUACUCACACAAUUUAGCUCGUAUCGAUAUAAACUAGAAGAAAUUCAGCGGCACGUAUAUACAUGGUCGAACUAUUCUGACGUUUAUUUCGUGGCUGAUUAUCCUGGAAUGCAAAAAUUAAACUUUGUAGAUGUGGAAUUAAAAAAUGUCUCUUUAACUGUAAUAGAAGGAAAAGUAUCAUACACAGAAGAAGGAAAAAAUGAAAAAGUAACAAUUCCUAAAGGAGAAGCUCUGAAAGUGCCAACUGGAAAAUUUCACGAAGUAAAAGUUAUCAGCUCGGUUCCAGCUUGUUAUAUGUACACUUUUAUAAACCGAACUGAGCAGUAUUUAAAAACCAACAGAAUGGAUGAUUCGUCAAAAACUGAAACAAGUACUCCUCUCUUUAAAAAAAUGAAGCAAGAAAUAGAAGAAAAUUUAAAAGCCUGGUUGCAAGCUCUGAUCCACAUAAAAAAUGGUUUUCUUUAUAUUUUCAUAAAUAAUUCAUCGCUCCAAAGAAAUGCAAUUAAAGCUGGUAUACAUAUGUAGACGAUUGGACUUAAGGAAUUGCAAU